AUCAUCACCACUCUCUCUUCCACUCCACUUCUUCACUCCUCCGGCAGGCUUCGAUAGCGUCCAUCUAGCAAACUCCUACACUGGUUCUCGCUGCCUGAGACAUGUCCGUCCUACCUUAUGCUACGCUUCAACCCACUUACCCUGCCGUGUUCGAUGAGAUCGCAUCGGCUUCGAUUGCAACCGACAAGGUGUGGCUGUCACUCUACGCUUUGAAUGCGCCUUCGAGCAGCAUACAUGCGAGAGUCUGGCUGGAGCCUUGUAAACCUGCUUCCGCCGAACAAGCCAAUACGGAAGAGGGCACUGAACGGGCUGCGGGAGUGAGAAUAGCAAAGGUGGACGGCAAGGUGACGGUCAAGAGGGUCAAGGGCAGCUCGACGGACCUGCUCGUCUCAACCACUUCAUCAGAGUUGAAUUCGAGCACAUCGGCAAGGACCGCUCAGUCCCAAGUCUUAUACGCUCCCACCCUGCUGCGAGCUCCACGAAAGGACUUCGGGUCUAUCAUCAGGGGCCACGAAGGAGCUACAGCUCUAGAUGUAGCGUCCUCGACGGCUGUUCCUGGCUUGGAGCGAUAUGUAGCAGGAGGAGCCGAUGGAGCGCUGAGAAUCGGCGUGCUUGAUGUACCCAAGGAAGACGAAACCAUCGACGAAUCGGUGAAGGGAGCCGAUGAGCAAGGCGAGAUCGAGAAGUUGGCGCAAAGGAGGAUAAGGGAAAGGGCGAGGCAGUUACAAAGAGAGCAAGUGAUCCCAUGCAAAGGACAUGUGGGAGACAUCAGGUCCGCCCAAUUCUUUCCCAGCGGUGACGUGAUCCUCAGCACUUCUUCAGAUCACACCGCCAGGAUAUGGGAUGCAAAGGAUGGUACAUGCGUCAGAGUGCUGAAGGGUCAUUCCAGAGCUGUCCUUUGUGCAGCGCCGAUCGGACGAGGCAGACAAGUCGUCACAGGAGGAGGAGACGGCACGCUGCGGAUAUACGACGUCGGCGAAGACAAACAGAUAGGCUUGAUCGGUUCCGACAGGUACAGCAGCGUCAACGUGAUAAGUCUGCGUCCGGAAAGCGUCUUUCCCACUUCCGAUCAACCCGCACAGUCCACCUCUGUACCCACCUUGGCAGCUGGGCUAGCCUCGGGCAAAGUCCAGCUCUUUGACCUCAAAAGCAAGAGCUCGAUAGGCUUGAUAGAUACGCACUCUUUUCCGCUCGGCUCGCCUCCCGCAGCGACUGACACGUGGGCCCAAUUGUCCAAGAGUGGCGGGAUCACUGCUUUGGCAUGGAUCGACCAGCACACGCUCAUCACUGGUACUACCGAAGGAGUCUGUUCGCUGCACGACGUCCGCAAGCUGGGCCCUGGGUCUACGGAAAUCGACGACACGACUUCAGAUGCAUCAGUCAGCAUAGAAGGACUAGAAGCGAACGCAGGACCGCCCUGCCUGCUAAGCACUUGGCGAAGGAAUGGAGCUGCGAUUACGGAUAUACGUGUAGACACUUCAAAAGCCUCGCUCGGACAAGUCGACGUGCUCGUGGCUACUUCUGACGGACUCCCUUAUCGAGCCGACAUAUCCAAGCUCUUGUUGGGAGCAGCAGGGUCCCGAGCGACUGCGCCCAGAGUCACAGUAGAAUACACGGGCUGGGAGGCUGAGAACGUCGGUACGAUUCGUCUCGAUGGGAAGGGCAGAGUGCUCUGCGCCGGCGCAGAAGGGAUGCUCAAAAGGUAUUGAUCUUUUCAGUCACGCCAAACUCGCGCUCCAGCGCCUGGACAGAAUACACAUUGCAUUCGCGUAGCGCGCUACUUGUUUCAGACCACCGCGUACCUCGCAAUCACAAGCGGGCACGACGCCUGGCCAACGUGUCCCUG